AUGACCGAAUCUCUUCAUCAACAGGUCAUGGGCCCUCCAAGUGACAUGGCGUACCGCACUCCUGCGGUACUGCCCUUUGAACUGAUCCAGCACAUUGGAAUCUUCUUUGAAGAAAAUCUCUAUACUCAAGGUUUAAACCUUCUAUAUAGUACCCUCACCUCGGGAACCUAUGCCUCUCAGAAAGCGCUCGUUCCUUUACCACAGCAUAUAGCGCUCGCAGUCACGUUCCUCGUCCACCCAACAACUACAACCCGCGCCAAAUCUGUCGAGGCAAAAGAUGCAGCCUCCGUGGCCUUGCGACUUCUUCGACUUCUCUCCACCCUCGUCAGCCCUCAGGAUUGUAGACUGAAUCAUGCAUUUACAUUCGCGCACCAGACACUGCGAUCGGGUCGCAGACACCAUACAGAUGAAGCGGACAACGAUCUACACUCACCCGGGAGUAAACCGUUGAAUUUAGAAAUGGGCAAAUCCGAUUCGCUGUGGUCGCGGGCAGAAGACUUCUGGCAUGCUGUAGGUUGGGCAUUUAAUUGCUCUGUGCUUCAUCCUGAGCGCUGGGAGCGGUGGCAGAUCUGGCUACAGUACAUGUGUGAGGUCAUGGAGGAUGAUUGGGAACAGCGGCUGGAAACAUACAGAAAAAUUGAAGCUCGGAAAAAAGAGGAUGCGCAGAAGAUUGAGUCUGAACAAGCUGAAGAGGCCGAGAAAACCAAGGGAAAAAGCACAGGAGCUCGGAAGAUAGGUCAAGAGACCAAACAAGCCAAGGAACCGAAAGGCAGAAGCAAGAGGAUCUGGCAGAAAGCUGCCCCUGCUGAAAAAGUCGACCGGGGAGCUCGAAAGGCGGAUGAGGAUCUAAGCAUCUUGCGAGAAAGCUUAAUUUUCCAGUUUAUUUCUGCCAGUAAUGACAGCCGACGAAGUCGAAGGAUCUUGAGAGCUAUUUUCGCUGACGGGAGUACCACCUCGGUCAAUGAGUUUCGAGAGGUGUUCAAGAAAGAGCUCAAGUCUCAACGAGGGCCCGAAAAGGCGAAGAAAAGAGAGCGCGAGGUCAAUAUUGAGAAGGAGCAGUAUGGCGACUACCUGUCCCAAGAUGAGUCAGAUGAUGAAGUAAAUGGAGUCGUGGACCCGACAAAUCCAAACACAGGGUCUGUCCGGCGGUCGAAGCGAACGAGACGAGGAACAAGGACUGGAGCGCCCCCUGCGGAGCCUGCAGGUGUCGGUCCAACUUCUCUUCCUCAUCACAAUGCUGGACUUUCGCCAAUGGGCGGCAUUGACUCUCUUCGAUUGCGCAAACGGCUCCUCGGAAUUCUUUCAGAUGUCUCCUACCGCCUGCCUGGAGACUUCAUUUCUGUGCUGGACCUCUAUAAUCUUUUCGCGGAGAAUAUUGCCGCCCAACCUCUGCCCAUUUUUCAGGCUUUUGUUAGCCCAUUUGUUCUCCCCGAGUUCACAGAUGCGGAGCAAACCACCCUCUGUGAGAUCUUGCUGUACAGCUUGCGGGAAGCCUCUGCUCCAUCAUCGGACGAGACUUAUCUCUACCAGUCGAAGCUGGAGAAAUGCUUCCUCCCUUUCGGGCCAGCUACCAAUACCAUUGCCAACAACGUCAAGAUGUCUAUCCUUCUUGAGUCGGCGAUGAUGCUUCUGGGAAAAAGUGACCUGUUGACCGCCACGCCGUCAUUCAAGAAAAUUGUUCAAGCUGGAAUUGACCGUCGGGGCAGUAAAGCAAGGGAAGAGCUCCGGCGCAGUCAGAAUAGCAAGAAGAAGGAGCCACUCGAAUUGUCUUUGUUGCAGGAAAGUAGUGAGAGGCUUUUGUCUCUUGCUGAGCUUUUGACACCCCCGGGCCAAUUUGUCAACGUGAGGGUAUAG